GGGUUCAAUAGCUACGUUGAUGUCUACAUGCGACUUCAUAGCCUGUUGGGUAGGUUGGACUGUGCGCCACGCGUAACGGUGGCGUCGCGUCCAUUGCAGCUAUCGCCAAGUACAAUUGCAGCAUCUACAGCGACACGACUUCCAUCAAUGCCUCGGCCAAAGAUACCCUUUGUUAAGAUACGUUUGCCAUCGGCAAAGCACCUAGGCAUCACGUCUGCGUGGUGUGAGACGGCCAAGUUACGAGGUCCAAAGCGGAGGUGCUGCAUCCCGUACCUCGGCAACUCUUAGCUCCCAACAUCAAUGACCGAAGCAGUAGCCAUGGACGACUCGUCUCCGCAUCUUUUGUUAAACUACCCCGGAUUUCCUCCCUGAACCCUUCCUCCUACCUCAUUCUCUCUCCACAGCACGCAAUCAUGUCUGUACCGUACGACCGCGCCUACGAUCUGCUUACCAACAGCAAAGACGGCCAUGUCUCCGCCUCACAGCGCAUUCCCGUCAUCGCGCGGCCUUUUGUCAGCGAGAGGGCGGCGAAGACCCUCGACCUUGUAGAGAAGUUCGUCGAAGAGGAAUGCAUCCCAGCCGACGCCGUAUACGUACGCCAGAUUGGCCAGACCGUCCAAGAGCGCUUCUCGUCACAUCCAUCCAUCAUCGAAGACCUGAAGAAGAGGGCACAAGAGCUUGGACUAUGGAACAUGUUCCUGCCCAAGGCACACUUCAAGGAGGGUGCUGGCUUCAGCAACCUGGAGUACGGCCUCAUGGCUGAGUACCUGGGCAAGAGCCGGACAGCGUCGGAGGCUGUCAACUGUGCUGCUCCCGAUACUGGCAACAUGGAGGUCAUUGCCAAAUACGGUACCGAGGCACAGAAGAGGCAGUGGCUGGACCCGCUGCUGAGGGGCGAGAUUCGCUCUGCGUUCUUGAUGACGGAACCUCAGGUUGCGUCGAGUGAUGCUACCAACAUUGAGAUGACUAUCAAGAAGGAUGGUGACCACUACGUUCUGAACGGUCAGAAAUGGUGGUCAUCCGGCAUUGGCGACCCUCGCUGCAAGAUCUUCAUCGUUCUCGGAAAGACCGACCCCAACAACUCAGACAAGUACAAGCAACAAUCCGUCAUCCUCGUCCCCAACACCACCCCCGGUGUAACCGUCCACCGCAUGCUGUCAGUCAUGGGUUUCGACGACGCACCCCACGGCCACGGCCACGUGACCUUCGAGAACGUCCGCGUCCCCGCCAGCAACAUGGUGCUCGGCGAAGGCCGCGGUUUCGAAAUUAUCCAAGGCCGUCUCGGACCUGGACGUAUCCACCACGCCAUGCGCAGCAUCGGGUCCGCCGAGAAAGCACUAGAAUGGUUCCUCGCCCGCAUCAACGACGAGCGCAAGAAGCCGUUCGGCGAGCUCCUCAACAAACACGGCAUCAUGCUCGAGCGCGUCGCGCGCUCUCGUAUCGAAAUCGACGCCGCUCGCCUUUCCGUCCUCAACGCUGCCAUCAAGAUCGACGAAACAAACGCCAAGGGCGCGCUUAAGGAGAUCGCCGAAGUCAAGGUGCUUGUCCCUGAAGUCAACCUCAAGGUUAUCGACUGGGCCAUGCAGGCCUACGGCGGUGCGGGUGUGAGUCAAGAUACGCCGCUCGCGCAGAUGUGGUCGAGCGGCCGCACGAUGAGGAUCGUGGAUGGCCCGGAUGAGGUUCAUCUGUUGCAGCUGGGUAAGAAUGAGAAUAAGAGGGGUCUUGCGCACAAGGCUAGGAUCGAGGCGCAGCAGAAGAAGGGCGAGGAGCUGUGCAGACAGUACGGGAUUGAGCCUAGGGAUCCUUUGUACCUUAACAGGACGAGUGGGGAGGCUAGUAAGCUGUAGAUGAUCGUCUUGGUUGUUCAGACAGUGUCGUAGCAAUGAUGAGUUUGCACGCAAAUCUGCUGGGUGUUGUGCAUAUUGCCUGUGAUGCACGUGUUGAAUGUUGAAUGUUGAAUGAUUGGUCCGUUGUCCGUUAUGAGGAUUCGAGCUCUGUGGUUAAAAAAAAAAUUCAUGUACGUUAGUCCUGUGAACGGUAUGUUGCUGCAGGCAUGAUGCAAGGAGCUCACACUUUGUCGUUUUGGGAGUGAUGGAUAUGAGAUAUGGGAUUAGUCAGGGCUGCUGGUCGAGAUUACUUGCGGUUAUUGCGCUGGUU